AAUACCUUGACUAGAGUUGGAGAGUGCAGUGCAAAGCACCCUUAAUAGUUACUGUUGACAAUGCGGGGGCCUGAUGAGGUGGCGUACUUUUUUCUUGAGAGGAAGGAUAGGCCAUAAAAAUUAUGUACCUUGACUAUAGGUGAAGAGUGCGGUGCAAUCCACCCUUCUAUACGUCAGCGGGAUACUUACUUUUGUAUGCUAAUAUUUUUUCAUUUUACGCAUGUCACCUACCUUAGAUAAUUCCUAGGAAUCAAUCUUUGUAUAUUGAGGUGCAAUAGUUUGUACCCUACAAAACUUUCCUGCAAUAGAGUAUGUUCUCAACGAAUACACUGUAUAAUAUAACUGCACUACGGUGUACAUGUGAUCCCAAAGAGCCGUAGCUGUUGGCAGUCGUGUUUGUUCCCUUGUUUGCAGGCAGCGCUGUAUGAGCUGUUUGAGGAGGUGGUGAUCACGGAGCAGAGAAAGAAAGAGGUUCUGACCAAGUUUCUCGGAGAGCCCUCAGACCAGAAUGUGACGGGUGAUAUGGUGGCGUACUCGGAGAGCCUCCACAGUCGGGCACGACAGGGACUGGAGAGACUCCUGUCCUCCGACCAGCAGUGGAUGACCUUCAGACGCAUGAACCUCUUCGACUGUGAGAAGAGUAGCACCGCAGACGCUUCUCUCCUCAGAGACCUCACCAGGUACCUCACAUCCAUUCGUACCAGUAUUCUUUCUACCCAACCGACACAGGAGCAAAGCAAUGAGAAUGGUGAAGAUGGCUCUUAUGAGAACGUGUCAGAAGGCGAGGCUAGUGAGGAGGAGGAACAUGCGGAGAGUCCAGUAUCUCCUCAUGCACAGCUGCAGAGCAGCGACACAGAGCCACCCAGUGAGCUAAUAAGUAGGGGCAGAGCACGACAGAGAGACACAGCGAGUGAACGUACACAGAGCCAGGACUCGAGAGAAACUCCCCACCGCAGCUCAGAAGAAACGCCAACCACAAAUCCCGAGGCCCGCACUAACAGGAGAAUGCGACGGAGACUGAAAGCGAGCAAACAUACACAGAGCCGGGGCUCGCGAGCAACUCCCCACAGAGACAUACUAGAAACGACGACUCCGGAGGACCGCACUAACAGGACACCCUACAACUUGAGAAACCAGGGGUUCAAGGGGAGGAAGAGGAAACGAGGUUGGCCGAAGGGAAGGAAAAGAAAGGUGGUGGUCGAUUCGAUAACAGAGUUGCCCUCAGUAGACACUGUUGUGGUGAGUACGGCAGUAGAAAACAGCGAUUUCACUGCAGAGAGGAAAACAAGGAGCAGAUUGCAGGAAAAACACAGCCGCUUUUCUCCAACAGACAGGAGAAGCAGCAGCCGGUUGCAGAGUGUAAACAGCAGUUAUGGGGUAGAGGGGAGAACGGUCAUGCUUCAGCUCGGACUCACUCCUGUGAAGGUGAUCAAAUCACCUGACACCGUACAGCGCCACACUCCCCUGCCGAGAGCUAAUGCCCACCUCACGUUGAGGAAACAUGCAGAAAUGGGAAACAAGAGGGUGGGAGUAAGUGCUGGGUUGUCAGGUUCAACAGACACGCCCGAGUCCAACCGGACAGAGUACAUCGCUCGACUGAGGAAACUGGACCACCGGAGAGACAGCGAGGAGAGGGUGGAAGUGGUUGAGGCGGGACUGGAGCCUCCAACCAACAGGUACCAGCUGCGACAAAGGGGAGAUGUUGUACCUGAUUCAGACGGUAGUCUGUGUGAGGCAGUGGAGGAGGAGGAGGAGAUGGCAAUACAAGGAAAUAGGACUGCAGGAAGGAAGCGCAAGAGAUGGGCAUCGGGCAAAGGAUCAGCAGGUGAAAGGGGCGAUUCCCCAGAGUGGGCUCUGUCUAGGAAAGAGCAAGCAACUGAGACUGGGACCCCACGGGAGGGUCACCAGGAGCCAAGACACAAGAGACGGGUGGUUUUCUAUGGGUCAGGAGACAGCUCUCAGGAGAGGACCAGUAGUGGGGGUAGUGGCAGUGGGAUGAAGAAGAGGGGGAGAAAGAAUAAGGCAACCUUGAGAGAGGUGGACAAGUCAAAGUUCAGUGUGAACCCGAGGGAGGGGGACAAAAGGAACAAUGGGGGAGGGGGUGGAAGUGGCAAUAAUACCGGUGGCGCCCCACAGAGGAGUCGACGGAAGCAGGUCACCCCUCGGAGGCUGGUUCGAAUGGUGAAUGACAGGCUGGUGUUACAGGUCUAUUUACCUCAGGGUGAUAAUGACAACGACAAUACCAGUUCUGCUACAGUUGAACAGAAACACACAAUACACAACAAGGGAACUACUAAUAUGGAUGGUCUGUCAACCGAGCACCGUUCAGGUGCCCAUGUCUUGGCACGUACCACAGAGAGCAGUAGUGAAUGCGAAACUGCAGACGAUGGCGUUUUCAGGAACCUACGCCACGGUAGUCGCACAAGACACCAUCGCCACAACCCUUCCAUGGGCAACCACAAGCCACGUGAUUUCUCCUCUCCCUCCCGCCAUAAGCCACACCCAUCCUCUCUAACCAAGCCACACUUACCCUACUCCACCGCCUACCAUCACCCACACCCACCUACCCGCCACAGGCUACACCCUCUCUCCUCCACAGGUCACCACAGGGUGGUAGACCUCGCUGAUACGCACACGAUAGAACAAUCCCAGCCCAACAGCCAGUGGGACUAUGUGGCCGUUCAGACCAUCGCAGAGUACGUUAAAACUCACUCAAGACGCUCCGCCCACCACAACCCUCAACAACACAGUGGUGGUAGCAGGCGAGGGGCGUCGGACAUAGAGAUGAGUGACGGCCAGCAGAUGAUGUGCUGCAGCAGUGAGGAAAUGGCCCUGGCUACUCUGGUCCAUACCGAUGUUGCUGACGAUGAUAAGCUGAGUGUAGUUUCUGAGACCAGUCCCGGGUCUUCCUCCCCCGUAACACCUGCUUUACUGUCCCUGGACGUCCUCAGAAAGCGGAAAUGAAUUUUUAUACACCUGCAUGACGCUGGUUAUACUGUGUUUUUAUGAGUCCGUAUUUUUUGCGCGAGACGGGCGGCCGAAAUGUUUCGCAGUGCUCCUGCAGCCGCGCUGCUCUUUUUCCUUCUCUUCUCGUCGCAGGACGGUGUAGGCUCGACUUGUGUGGCCAAUCUUCCACAGAACGAGCAGGAACUGCGGCAGUUAGUGGAGGAGCCAGGAGCUGCACCGUCUCUGAAGUAUGGAGACGAGGCUCGUCUCUUCCCCAACGUCACGUUCAGCUGCAGGGGCAGUGUAGUUGGCUGGAGCCUCAUAGCACCACUGCAUGACAAUCCCCCGGGGCGGAGGCCCAUCAUGAAUGUGUGGUCUCCAAAAGCUGACAGUGAUGAAGAGUACGAACAGUUGCGGGAUAACAGCACUAACCUCAUACCCUGUUUGAAGGAGAUAAUAAGUGAAGAGAGACAGCUCUAUCUGUACGAGAACACCACAAUGGAACCGCUGGAGUUUCAACCUGGCGACAUCCUAGGCAUGGUCCUACGCGAUACAAACAAGAAUAACUCUAUAUUCACGCCAUACAUGUUGAACAAAAUAUGGUUUGUGGCUUAUUACCGUGAUGCUAAAAAUGCUAGACCGACCGAGAACAUCCGUGGUUAUCAAGUUGAUAGCAUGAUGCCACUUCUUUUUCUGCACAUAUGCUCUAUGGAUGAUGGAGACUAUGAGAGAUGUCUUAAAGACUACGGAAGACCACCUACUAUGUGCAUAGAAAUCAACCCUGACACCAGGAGUGGUGAUGAAGAUGAAGAUGAGGGUGGAGUGUCACAGACGGUGCUGGCUGUGGCACUGGGCGUCUCUCUCAUUGUAGCUCUCCUGGUAGUGUCCACACUGCUGGGCCUGACUCUGGUCUACAUAGCAGUCAUCAAGAGGAGACAGAGGAGGAAGGAGAAGGUCACAGUGACUGUCAUGACAGACAAUACCAACAUUCGAAGUGAAGCUCAGCCCUAUGCCGAGCCUUUCCCAUCUCGUACCCACACUCCCUUGCCCCCACCCCCAACCCGACCUCCUCCUCCACCUAACGGACUGAGCAUCGAACAACCCACCUACGCCACCCUGGACGGGCCUACCCCCUCACCACCUCCUCCUUAUUCCCUGGAUCUCCACAGCAGUAGACCACCUCCUCUAGGGAGCCUCCAGUCUCCACAGUAUGAGAGUAUCGAUGGCCAGGAGAGAAAGGCUGCUCUCCUGAGGCAGAAUGCCACAGAGUCCAACAUGGACAGUGCCGGUGGCUACUCGGCCAGGGCUCCAGGAGCCAACAACGUCACCACUGCGAUAGACUCCGAUAACAAUCAGUGAUACCGUGACCGUGUCUUGAUUUGUAACUCUGUGUGUGUGUGAAUUUCACUUAUAGCUGUAUGAAAAUC